AUGAGUGAGGAUCAAAACCAGGGCCAGGCUGGUGCUAAGGACAGGGGCAACAGCAACAGCAGCAGCAACAGACAAGCCAACAACCCCAAAACCACAGAAAAGAGAAAGAACACCAAUAAUCGAAGCAGGAGAGGAAACAAACUGUUUUACGAUGGUUUGGAAAGAAACCAAGUGUUCAAAUUGCAGGAAAUCAAGUAUCUCAUCCAGGAAUUCGCUCCCAUCACAGUAAAUGGCAAGGCCAUUCAGACCAGCACAGGCUCUCAAAGAGAUGAAAUGAACACUGAUGAGAGAACAACGGAUGGAAAUCAGUCGAAGAAUUCGAAUAAGAGAAUUUUGAAAAUGAUCAAAGAGAUUCUCAUAAAGAACAACGACAGUGUAAUGUAUUUGACGUUGUUAGUCAAACCCAGCGAUCCUGAUUUCAUCUACGAUUUGGACAGUUUGAAGAUCAAUUUAAAUAUUCCAGUCAAUUAUCCAAUCGCAAAGAAAAAAAAUGGCAAAAACAGACCAAGUAUAGUGGUUUUGAAUGACAACAUACCGAGAGGAUUUUUAAUGAAUAUUGAAUUUGGAUUUAAAGAGCUUGUGAAUCAAAUUGUUAAUGAGACGAAUAAAAACAAAAAUAAACAUAAAAGCAAAGAGAAGGAUAACAAUCAAAAGUCUUUUUUUAAACUAGUUGGAGGUAAUAAUCUACUUGGGAUGAUUAAAUCUUUGGAUUGUAAUUUGGAAACGUUUUUAUCUCAGAAAGAGAGCACAAUAGUAUCGGUUAGUAAUUUUAGUUCUACAUCAAUAGACUCAAAAAAUAAUAAAAUAAAAAGCAACCGGAAGGAAAAUGAAACUGAUAAAAAAAAUAUUGGCGCUGUUCAUGAUAACGAUUUUAAAUAUCAGAAUAAUAAUAAUAAUAAUAACAUUGAUAGUAAAACUAGUAAUCAUAUGAUUAAUGAUAGAAGCAUUGAUGGUUUUAAUUAUAUCAAUAAGAGAAAGAAAAUAAUUGAAAAUACGUUAUACAAGAUUCAAAAGGAUCCAAGUAUUAAAAUGCUGUUACUCAAUUCCGAUGAUUUUACUAAAAUUCAAACAUACAGAUUGAAUUGUAACAAUGUCAAAGUAAAGUUGAAUAUUCCGGUAAUAUCAAGACCAAUUACAAUAGAGGAGUUUGAAUUUAAUAAAAGUGGCAAUGGUAGUAAUAAUAGUAAUAGUAAUGCUAUUAAUGAUAAGAAAAACAUUGUUGCAAAUUUUAAUAAAAAAGCGAUAGAGUUCAACCAAGAACUUGAGAAGGAUAUUACAAGUAACGAAACAAAUGCAUCAUUAAUAUUCCAGAUUAAUUAUUUGCUUUCAAAUUUAUCUUGUUUAUCCAAACCAGAAAAUGAAUUUGAAAAAUUUGAAAAAUUGAAAAGGGCAUUUCUUUUAAAUUCUCUAAAAUAA